AUGUGGGAGCGCAGAGGCAGAGGGGAGCCUGCAGCCCGCACAGCAGCAAGCCGCAACGCCAGUGGCCUCCGCCCGCCUCCAGCCAUUCUGCCCACCUCCAUGUGCCAGCCUCCAGGGAUCAUGCAGUUCGAAGAGUCACCGCUGGGGGCGCAGGCGCCCAGGGCCACCCAGCCACCUGACCUAAGACCAAUAGAGACCUUCUUGACGGGAGAGCCCAAAGCUUUAGGGACAGUGCAGAUCCUGAUUGGCCUCAUCCACCUUGGCUUCGGCAGCGUCCUGCUCAUGGUCCGCAGAGGUCACCUGGGGAUGCUUUUCAUCGAAGGUGGCGUCCCCUUCUGGGGAGGAGCUUGCUUCAUCAUCUCUGGGUCCCUCUCAGUAGCAGCUGAGAAAAACCACACCAGUUGCCUGGUGAGGAGCAGUCUAGGAACCAACAUCCUCAGCGCCAUGGCGGCCUUCGCUGGGACAGCCAUUCUUCUCAUGGACUUCGGGGUCACUAACUGGGAUGUGGGCAGGGGCUACCUUGCUGUGUUGACCAUCUUCACCAUCCUGGAGUUCUUCAUCGCUGUCAUCGCCACCCACUUUGGGUGCCAAGCCACCCGUGCCCAAACUAACGCAUCUGUGAUUUUCCUACCCAACGCCUUCGGCACGGACUUCACCAUCCCCAGCCCAGCAGUCUCCCCACCCCCUGCCUAUGACAAUGUGGCAUAUAUGCCCAAGGAGUCAUCGGAGUAG